AUGGCGUCCGACGACAUGACAACCCACAUCCUGGACGCUCUAUCCGUGUCCGAUGUGCCCCUCCUCUCCAACGAACUCUUCCCCUCCACCCCCUCAGCAACCGUCAAAAGUGCGCUGGACCGUCUAGCCUCGCGGCAGAUGGUCCAGUACGAGACCAAUGACAAGGAAAUAUUUGUUCUCACAUCGGAGGGCCAGGAGAUUGCGACCAAUGGCUCCCACGAGGCCAAGGUCUUCGCCGCCGUGGUCGCCGCCAUGGACGGACUGAAGAUCAGCGAAUUGCCCGCGGUGGUGGGCAAGGACAACGCCAAGGUUGGCCAGGGCAAUGCCUUCAAGCGCGGCUGGAUCAAGAAGGACAAGGACCUGUUGCGGGCCACCACCGACAAAAUCGUCGACGAGACGCAACAGCAGCUGCUCACCAUCCAACGCACCCAGACCCUUGGCGACGCCAAAGCCAUCACAGAUCUCAAGCGGAGGAAGCUGAUCACACCUCAAAAGCUCUUCACCUACAAGGUCUCCAAGGGGCCCAAGUACGCCAGGGAAAUAAUCAAGGAGGAAACCGACUUGACUCCCGAGAUGUUGGCCAACGGCUCGUGGAAGACGGCGACCUUCAAGCCUUACAACUUCAACGCCAAGGGUGCCGUCACGCCCGCGGGUGCUUUCCACCCGCUGAACAAGGUGCGACAGGAAUUCCGUAACAUCUUCUUCGAGAUGGGCUUCGAGGAGAUGCCGACCAACCGCUAUGUCGAGACUGGCUUCUGGAAUUUCGAUGCGCUGUUCGUGCCGCAGCAACAUCCUGCCCGCGACCUCCAGGAUACUUUCUAUAUCGCCGACCCGGCCACUUCAGACCCUCCGCGCGAAGAUCCUCUCAACGACCCCCACCGCCCCAAGUCCACCCAGCCCGGCUCCAAGUCGGCGACAGACGCGCCGCUCGACUAUAAAAAGUACUGGGACAACGUGCGAGAAGUGCACGAGCAUGGUAAAUUCGGGUCUAUCGGGUACCGCUAUCCCUGGAGCGCGGAGGAGUCCCUGCGCCUGGUGCUCCGCACGCACACCACCUCCGUCUCGUCGUAUGUGCUGCACAAGCUCGCUGCCAACCCGCGGCCGGCGCGUUUCUUCAGUAUUGACCGUGUUUUCCGGAAUGAGGCCGUCGACGCUACCCAUCUGGCAGAGUUCCACCAGAUCGAGGGUGUGAUUGCGGACUUUGGGUUGACGCUCGGUGGUCUGAUUGGAUUCAUGGAAGUCUUCUUCGCCAAGAUGGGAAUCCACCAGCUGCGCUUCAAGCCCGCAUACAACCCCUACACCGAGCCGAGCAUGGAGAUCUUCGGCUACCACGAGGGUCUGGGUAAAUGGGUGGAGAUCGGUAACAGUGGUAUGUUCCGACCGGAGAUGCUGGAGUCAAUGGGCCUGCCGAAGAACAUGCAAGUCUACGGGUGGGGUCUGAGUUUGGAGAGACCGACUAUGAUCAAGUACGGCGUGAACAAUAUCCGUGAGCUCCUUGGCCACAAGGUCGAUCUGAACUUCAUCGAAAGCAAUCCCGCCGUUCGCCUGGAAAAGAAUUAA